AUGCAUGUAGUAGGUUAUCUCCUGGGUCUUCCUCUAAACUCCUACGUCAUGGUGCUGCUAUUAAACAGACGCAGGAGUUUGGAUCCGUGUGACGUCUUCACUGUAAAUCAGGCCGCUGCUGAAAUCUUCUUCAUGCUCGUUGCUCCUUUCCACAUCUUGCUUUAUGUCAGUUCUGAGACGUGGUUUUAUCACCCGCUGGCUUUCAUUUUCUGCACUGGAAUGUCAGUGCGUGCUCUGCUCCAGUGCUGGGUGUGUUUGGAUCGCUACACGGCCGUCAUCCAUCCCAUCACAUUCCUGAAGUUCAGACCUCUUAGAUAUCGAGUGGUGAUGUGUGUCGUGGCGUGGAUUAAUGGAAUAGCAGUUGGCAUCUAUGGGACGUACACAUUCCCUGCCAUGCCCUACCAAGUCUUUGGAGUCACCUUUUACAUCAUUCUGAGCAUCAACACUUUCAGCUGCUUGUCCAUUCUGAACACAUUGAGACACCCAGGACCAGGGGAGAGGAACACCAACAGGGGGAUGGAGGACCGAGCCAAAAAGCGGGCUUUUCAAGUUGUCGUAAUUAACCUGGUGACGUUUUUAGUUCAGAACACACCGGUAGCUGUAAUCUUUAUACUCAUAGGCAUUCUGCCUGCGACUGUUUCUCUUCUAAGCUCAGAGGCUUCUAUGGCUGUAAACAUAGUCAUGAGUUUUUUGCAGCCGGUUUUUGUGCUCCAUAAAGCUGGCAAGUUCUAG